UAUGCGCACGUUUUUUUUUUUUUUUUUUUUUUGUUUUUGUUUUUACUUUACAGCGAAGUGAGUUAUUUAGUCCCAGGAAAGAGGAACAUUCAGGUCCCUAGCGAAUGACAGUUCACCUUAUUUUGACUUAUGUUGUCUCUAUUUAAGCCCAGGAAAAGCGCAGCUGACCAGUGUUGCGCGCGGCAGCAAAGUUGGUUAGUCGCACUUCGAGCUCCUCCUGCUGCCCUGACCAACUUAGCACAGUCUGGGCCCAACACUGAGCCCAGCUGUGUGGUCAGAGGUGCGUCAGACAUGUUUGUGAGAGGAGCUGUCACGGUCCGCAGCCGCUCAUCAUCACUUCUAUUAUAAAGUUCCGGCCCACUGAGCCCUCAGUCAGCUCACCCACCUGAGAGCCGGGACUGGCACCUGCAGCUCCCAAACAUCUCAGAUAAUGAGCCUUAAACAAGCCCAGUGAGCGUCAGAGCGCCAGACUCCUCCAGGCUGGGACCGACUGAAGAUGGGCUCCCCACUGAGGGCUGGCGGGGCCAGGCCUCCCUGGAGGGCCGGCGGGUCGCUGUGGAAGUGGGCCGCGUCCAGGCUGCCGCACGACUGGACUGCAAGGUUCUCAGCGGAGGAUCAGGAGACGAUGGUUCUGACUCAGUGUGAUGAGCUGAACACGACCUACAGCCAGGACAGAGGAGCUCCCUUCCACAGUCUCACAGGUGAGGACAGCGCAUGGGUCACACCGUCCUCAGAAGGUCCGCAGACUCCAGCACCGGACCUCGUGGCAUCGACAAGUGCGCAGAGACUGAAGAACCUGAAAGGCAGCAGAGUAAUUCUGACGUCCACUGGAGCCCAGACCUCCUCAGUGACUCCCACAGAUGGUUCCAUUCACUGCCACGCCACCCAGAGAAGACCAGACGUACGUCCUGGAGCGUCCAGAGGACCAGAGGAGCGGCGGAGUUCUGGAGGCACCUGCACCUGCUCCAAACCAGCUCCCACCAUCACGGCCUGGGAGGCAGCUUGGAACGUGACCAACGCCAUACAGGGGAUCUUUGUCCUGGGUUUGCCCUUCGCUCUGGCCCAGUCCGGCUACCCGGGUCUCGUCCUGCUGGUCCUGUCCGCCUGGGUGUGCAACCACACCGGAGCCAUCCUGGUCUCCUGCCUGUACGAGGAGCACGCUGAGCCGUCGAGGGUCCGCGUCCGGACUAGCUACCGUGACAUCGUGGAGGCCUGCUGCGAAGGUCUGCUGCCACCCGGACUGGGCGGGCUGAUGGUCAACAUCGCUCAGGUGGUGGAGCUGCUGAUGACCUGCACGCUGUACCUGCUGGUCUCCACCAGUCUGCUGAGCGACUCUCUGUCAGCGCUGGCCGUGCCCAGAUCAGCGUGUUCGCUGGUGGCUCUGCUCUUCCUGCUGCCCUGCCUGCUGCUGACUGACCUCAGGCCAGUGUCCACUCUCAGCCUGCUCUGCUCCAUGGCUCACAUUCUCAUCAGCCUGCUGGUCAUCGUCUUCUGUCUGAGCCGCGCCAGCGUCUGGUCCUGGUCCUUCCUGUCCGUCUCGGUGGACCCGGAGAACUUCCUGGUCUCAGCAGGCGUCAUCAUCUUCUCCUACACCUCCCAGAUAUUCCUCCCGACUCUAGAGGGCAGCAUGGAGGACCGAGGCCACUUCAGCGCCAUGCUGAGCUGUACUCACGCCGCCGCCUGCGUCCUGAAGACCUCCUUCUCCCUGCUGGCCGUGCUGACCUGGGGGUCCCAGACCAGCGAGGUCAUCACAGACAACCUGCCCUCCGAGCUGCGGGCGCUGGUCACUCUGUGUCUGCUGGCCAAAGCUCUGCUGUCCUACCCGCUGCCCUUCUACUCGGCGGCGGAGCUCCUGCAGAGCAGCCUGCUGGGAGGUGAGCGUCUGAAUCAUCUGCCUCAGCACGGCGGCAGCUCCCGCUGGAUGCCGCUCCUGCGCGCCGCCCUGCUGGCGACCACGUACCUCCUGGCCUGUGUGGUGCCCCGCUUCUCCCUGCUGAUGGGUCUGACGGGCAGCGUGACCGGGUCGGCCAUGACCCUCAUCCUGCCCUGCCUGUGUCACCUCAGGCUGCAGUGGAGGCUCCUCAGCGGGAGGCAGCGGCUGGUGGACGCUUGCAUUCUGAGUCUGGGGGUCGUCUGCAGCGUCUCGGGGGUCAUGUGUUCGGUGCGGAGGCUGGCGGGCGAGCUGUAG